AUGAACAAAGCCAUAGAAACAGCCAACAAGAAUAUCAAAAGGAUAUUGAGGAAAAUGACAGAUAAUCAUAAGGGUUGGCAUGAGCAGUUGCCUUAUGCUCUACUGGGAUACUAUACUACGGCAAGGACUUUAACAGGGGCAACUCCAUGCCUGCUGGUCUACGGAACUAAAGCAGUCAUACCCGCCGAAGUUGAGAUACCUUCCCUGAGAAUUAUUCAGGAAGAAAAAUUAGACGAUGUUGAAUGGGUUCGAGCUCGAUAUGAGCAAUUAGCCUUAAUUAAUAAGAAAAGGAUGGUUGCUGUAUGUCACGGUCCAUUGUACCGCAGAGAAUGGCAAGAGCUUUCAACAAAAGAGUCAGAUCCAGACUCUUUCAAAUCGGGCAACAGGUGCUCAAAAGGAUUUUUCCAUAUCAAGAGGAAUAUAAGGGGAAGUUUGUUCCCAACUGGCAAGGGCCUUACACAAUCCGCAAAGUACUCUCCGGAAGGGCUGUAG